UUAAUUUAUAUUUUAACUGUAUAUAAAAACUAAAUAAAAAAAAAAAAAAAAAAAAAUUAAACUAAUGAUUUACAUUGUAGUUAUUUCGUUUAAUAGGAUUGUUUUUUGUAAGAUUGUUGAUACGACAAAUGGAAACUACCGAAGCAAUGUUUUCUCUAAGUCAAUCGGACAUUUGCCGACUGUGUGCAAUAAGUAAUACUUCAGGAUUUUUAAUUUACGAAAAAGUUGAUGCAGCUGAAUCGGCUAUUGCAGACAUAAUAAAUCGCUACUUGCCCAUUCAAGUUUCUGAAGAUGACGAGUAUCCAAAAAUAAUAUGUUCAAACUGUAAGUGUCAAUUAGACAUAUUAGUAAAAUUUAUUGAUGAACUAUUAGAUGGUCAAUUGUUUCUCAAAAAUAUUCACAAAAUGUACAAGUCGAAACAGUUUCCUUCAGAUGAAGAUGUACCCUUGGUUGAAGAAAGAACAAUAACUCAUAAGAAUAAUCUUAACAUUAAAGAAACUGAUACGGAAUUUGUUUGUGAAACUUGUGGGUUAACUUUAGCUAACAAAAAUGACUUAAUGAUUCAUCUAAAAAUGCAUAAUGAAGAACAAUUAAGUAUUGAGUUGAAUGUUGCUGAAAGAUUUUCCUGUGAACAUUGUAAAAAAACUUUUGCUCAUAAAAGUGGACUAAAUACUCAUUUACAAACACAUAAGGGUGAUAAAAAAUAUGAAUGUAUAAUAUGUAAAAAAAAAUAUUAUCAAAAUGGUAAUCUGCAAGAACACAUACGAAUACAUACCGGAGAAAAACCUUUCAGGUGUGAAUAUUGUUCAGUAUCAUUUAGAACAUCAUCUCAGCAUAAAACUCAUAUACGAUGUCAUAGUGGUGUUAAACCUUAUAAAUGUUCAGUGUGUAAUAAAUCUUUUCCUCAUAAUAAUACACUGAAGAGCCAUUUAAGGCGUCAUUACAAUGACCGGCAGUACAGCUGUGAAUUUUGUCCAAAGAAAUUUAUUGAUCGUACAGCACUUGUCAGACAUUGUCGAACGCACACAGGUGAAAAACCAUAUUAUUGUAAUAUAUGUCAUAAAGAUUUUGCUACAGUUACAAAUUUUAACAAACAUAAAAAAACACACAUGAAAGAUAAUAAUUCCACUGUAUGGGAACUCACAACAAAAUUCCAAAAAGGCAAUUCAGAAAUUGAUUAUAUUAGUGCUACGUUAAUUAAUGAUAAUGAUUUAGAUGCAUCAAGUAGAACAGAAGAUAUAUUUUUAAUUAAUCAAGUUAAGGAUCUCAACGUUGAUAUGCCAACAAAUAAUGAUAGUAAUUUGGAUGAUCUACUCAAUGUUAACACUUCAUUUACAUCUUUAAAUUCUAUUACUUUUAAUGAAUCUAUCUUAGAAUUAGAAAACAAUGUUACUUAAUGUACUGAUAUUUAUUUAAA